AUGGCGGCGCCCUGCGGCUCCUCGCAGCUCCCACCGGCCGAGCCACCGCUCCGCGUCCCCAAGAUGGAGGUGCUGUCGCCGGGCUCACCGGGCGCGCUCAGCGACGGCAACCCCAGCCUGUCCGACCCCUCCACGCCCAGCGGCGCCUCCCCGCUGGGCGCGGGGCCGGCGGCCGGCGGGGCCGCGCUGGGCGCCCGCGGCGGGGCCUCGCCCUCCGUCUCCUUCUCGCCCGGCGGCGCCGCCGCCGCCGCCGCGGCCGCCGCGUGCCGCGGGAUGUCCUGGACUCCGGCGGAGACCAACGCGCUGAUCGCCGUGUGGGGCAACGAGCGGCUGGUGGAGGCGCGGUACCAGCAGCUGGAGGGAGCGGGCACCGUGUUCGGCAGCAAAGCGCCCGGGCCCGCCAUGUACGAGCGCGUCUCCCGCGCCCUGGCCGAGCUGGGCUACGAGCGCACCCCGUCCCAGUGCCGGGAGCGCAUCAAGACCCUCCGCAGGUGCUACAGCCGCGUCAAGGAGCACGGCGUGGGCAAGAGGAAAAGCAGUUACACCUUUGAGCAGCUGGAGCAGGUGUUUGGGCAGGGAGGAUGGGACUCCCAGCCCUGCCAGCCUGUCCUCAUCAACAGCAGUGGUCUGUACCAGGAGCUGGAGUCAGAUGGCAGCACCAUGGAGGAAUACUCUCAGGAGGACUGGGGAAACCACAGCCAGGAUCUUCACUGCUACCAGACCGGCGAGCAGGAGCUGGAUGAAAUGCCUACCACGAAAAGAACAUUAAAGAUAAAACAGGAAUCUUCAGAAGACACGCAGAAGCGUGACGUCAUGCAGAACAUUAUGCAAAUCUUGGAGUCGGUCCAGUUGAAGUGGGAGCUGUUUCAGAGCUGGACGGACUUCUCCAGGCUCCACCUUUCCAACAAACUGGCCAUUUUUGGCAUUGGCUACAACACCCGCUGGAAGGAGGAUAUCCGUUACCACUACGCCGAGAUCAGCUCCCAGGUGCCCCUGGGCAAGCGGCUCCGGGAAUAUUUCAACUCGGAGAAACCCGAGGGUCGGGUGAUCAUGACCCGAGUACAGAAAAUGAACUGGAAAAAUGUUUAUUACAAAUUCCUGGAGAUCACCAUCAGCGAAGCCCGAUGCUUGGAGCUGCACAUGGAGAUCGACUGGAUUCCCAUCGCUCACUCCAAGCCCACUGGAGGGAACGUGGUGCAGUAUUUAUUACCAGGAGGGAUCCCAAAAAGCCCCGGCCUGUACGCCAUUGGAUACGAGGAGUGCCACGAGAAGCUCCCCUCCCCUCUGGCCGAGCACCGGGCGCCCGACUCCGGCAAUGAGACUCCAGGGGAGCUGGAGGUGCCCUCCCCACAGGCCUCCCUCCGGGUGGAUAUGGAAUCCGCCCGGAUUAUCUACUGUUACCUCGGCAUCGCCGAGGUCCGGACUCUCCAGCAGUGCCUGUUUUUACACUUCCAGGCAAACACCAAAACCUUCAGCAAAGAUUGGGUCGGGAUCAACGCCUUUUUAUCUCAGAACUGCGUCGUAGAGCCCGGCGUCUCACCCAAAUCCAUCUACAUCAAAUUUGUGGAAGUGGAGAGGGAUUUUCUGUCUGCUGGCUCUUUGGUAGAGUGCCUGGAAAAAGCCAUCGGGUACCCCUUAAAAUUUAACAACUGAGUCUCGUCCUUCAUAAGGAUCAGGGCUUAGCGCCCCGUUUUCCAUCUCACUGGGAUCCCGCCGGGGCACGGGGACUUUUGGGCCUGGCGGCGCCGCGGGGCCGCGGGCGCUCCCCUCU